AUUUUUGCUGCUUUAGCUUCAAAAAAUGGCAAGUAAUGUCAUUGUAUUAUCAGAUGAUGACGAUACAGAAUCCGCUUCCGAAGAUGGGUUUGAGGGAACGGCUAAACCGCCGCCUCCAAAGAGGAAAACCGAACCCGACUUAACGGAAAAGGUUCAGUGGACGGAUGAAUCAGACAGUGUGCCCUCCAGGCCAAAGAAACGGAAGACAAACCGUAAAUCCACUAGGAAAAAGAAGGAUAAGAACGACGGCCGGAAUCAUGGCCGUGGAGAGGAUGAUUCAGAGGCUUUGGACCUCCCCGACUACUUGAUUGAGCGGAGGAGAGAUUUUGAUGCCAAGAGGAAGCUAUAUCAUGAAUCGGCGCUGAUGCUACCGCCUGAUUACACUGAUAUUGAAUUCGACGAGUCAAGGAGACUUGAAGAACUGAAGGAGAGGCCAGAUUUUGACCCACAAAGUGGUAUCAAACCGUCUCGGCCGUACGAAGAUAUUGAGCUUCCCCAGUCAGGCGGUCUUAUCCCAGCAUCAAUUGCGCAAUACCUACGCGAUUAUCAAGUCGACGGUGUUCGAUUUCUGCAUAGGAAAUUUGUAUACCAAGAGGGAGGCAUCCUAGGAGACGACAUGGGUCUCGGCAAGACAGUUCAAGUCGCCGCUUUCCUAACAACCGCUUUUGGAAAAACAGGUGAUGAACGAGAUGGGAAGCGUCUGAGGCAAAUGCGACUAUUUGGCAAUCGAUGGUAUCCCAAGAUACUCAUCGUCUGCCCCGGAUCUCUCAUUAUGAAUUGGAGAAAUGAGCUGAGCCGAUGGGGGUGGUGGCAUGUAGAUGUGUUCCACGGCGCAAACAAAGACGACGUGCUUGGCGCAGCUCGGGCAGGUAUGCUGGAAAUUAUGAUCACGACGUACGAGACAUAUAAAAACUCUCGCAGCUCCAUCAACAUGGUACAGUGGGAUGCCAUAGUCGCAGAUGAAUGCCAUCGACUCAAAGACCGUUAUUCAGAGACCACCAAAGCAAUGCAGGAAGUCAACGCGCUUUGUCGGAUUGGCCUAACAGGAACUGCUAUCCAAAACAGAUAUGAAGAGCUCUGGACAUUGCUGGAUUGGACUAACCCGGGUCAUUUUGGCACCAAGGCAGAGUGGUCAAAUGCUAUCACAAGACCUUUGACCGUCGGUCAGUCCCAUGAGGCAACCGUUGCGCAACUGAGCCUCGCAAGGCAGACAGCGAAGAAGCUGGUGCAAAACCUCCUUCCUCGAUACUUUUUGCGUCGCAUGAAAUCUUUGAUUGCAGAUCAGCUGCCGAAGAAGACUGAUCGAGUGGUCUUCUGUCCCCUUACAGACUUGCAACUGAAAGCAUACGAAAACUUCCUUGACAGUACAGAAGUAGCUAUUUUACGGACUGCCUCAGAAGAUUGUGAGCAUGGAGGCAAGAAAGGUUGGUGCUGUAACCAGUUCCUCCCAAAUGGCAAACGCUGGCAGAGCGCUGUUUUCCCUAGCAUUAUGGUUUUACAAAAGCUGGCCAACCACCUCACCCUGCUGGUGCCAUUGACAACGGAUUUGGAGGAGAAGCACGAACAAGAACUUGCGACACUACAGACUUGCAUGCCUGACACUUGGAGAGUGUUGUAUGAGAAGCGAGACCGGAUUAGUAACCUGGUCAACCCGGAGUUUUGCGGCAAGUGGAAAAUUCUCAAGAAACUGCUCAAGUUUUGGCAUGGGGGCGGAAACAAAGUUCUGGUGUUUUCUCAUAGCGUGCGAUUUCUUCGCAUAUUGCAACAUCUCUUUACCAACACAAGCUACACUGUGAGCUACCUAGACGGCUCCUUGAGCUACGAGGCGCGUCAAGAUGUGGUUGACACUUUUAAUUCGGAUCCUACUCAGUUUGUGUUUCUGAUAUCGACUAAAGCUGGUGGAGUCGGGCUGAAUAUCACUUCAGCUAACAAGGUCGUCAUCAUUGACCCUCAUUGGAAUCCUGCAUAUGACUUGCAGGCUCAAGAUCGAGCUUAUCGGAUAGGCCAAACAAGAGACGUCGAAGUGUUUCGACUAAUUUCUGUUGGGACGAUUGAGGAAAUUGUCUACGCUCGUCAAAUUUACAAGCAACAGCAAGCAAAUAUCGGAUAUACGGCCUCAUCUGAGCGGCGGUAUUUUCGUGGCGUUCAGCAAGAUACUGAACGAAAGGGCGAAAUUUUUGGACUAUCAAAUAUUUUCACCUACCAUAGCGAUAUGGGCUUGCUCCGCGAUAUUGUCAACAAGACAAACAUUGCUGAGGCUAAAGCUGGGGUACAUUUGGCCGAUGUUGACAUAGAAAAGGCUGCAAAAGAUGGGGAGGAUUUGGGAGUCGUCAAACGUGAAGAAGACGAUGAAUCAGAAGAUGGAGGCUUAAGUCAGCUGGCAGAUUUGUUGACCUCUAAUGGCAAGCAAAAGGCUAUUGACUCUAAGAAGGUCAACCGUCCCAAAAGCGACGCUGUGCAAGCCAUUCUUGCGGCAGCUGGCGUAGAAUACACGCACGAUAAUUCAGAGGUGAUUGGGACUUCUAAAGUAGAGGAACAGCUUUCACGGCAGGCGGCUAUGAGAUUGUUUGGUGAGGGAGACCUGGCGGGGCAGGCUACUUUAUUUGGUGACAGCGAUGUGAAUGAUGGUGAUGGGCUGCACAGCAAAUUUAAACCGCCUGAAGAUGUUUGCUUGCGGCAAUUUUGUGAGAUGGCCAGGGAGUUUGGCUUCGCCAAUGCUACGGAUUUUGCUCUUAUUGUGGAAAGCUGGACAACAGAAACGAGAAGGAACUGUUUGAAUUCAUUCUAUAAGAGACGCGAGGCUAAGCUGGAAAAAGAGGGUAUCGUCAACCGCGAAAAGUCGCCGGUAGACAAGCGGGCAGAAGCCCUGAAGUUUGAGCACAAGCUAAAACCGGAUGCGAUGAAUGAUAAGGCAAGAAGCGGGGUAAAGCUCGAAAAGUUGCAGCCAUGGCCUCAAGUCAAGCCCGAAGUUGUGAAAAGGGAGGAAGAGAAGGAGGAAAUGACUGAGAAGAUGCCGAGUGGCAUAAAAUACGAAAUCAAAACGGAAACGACGGCUGAAGAUAUCACAGACGAUAUCAAACAGGAGAAGACGGACGCAAGAACACAUAAAGUUCCUGAUGAGGGGAAGCCGAUACCGGGAGACGGAAUGUCCAAGAGGACUUCGAUAUUUCUUUUGGAUGAGGACGAGGACGACGAGCUUUGAGAAAGAGUUGCUGCUUACAUGAGAUCUUUCUAUCUUUGGGUAUUCGCUGCGCUGGCACACUUUUUUUCCUUCUCAAAUCAUGACUAUUUGGUCAAAACGCCAAUC